GGUGGACAAACUCCCGCAUCGUCGAAUAAAAUAGUGUUUUUAAUUUUAAACAUUCAUAUUGCCCAUUUACCACCGCAGAAACGGAAUACUAAGCCACUAGUGCGGCUGAUAGCGGUUUUACUGGCUAUCUAAAUACUUUUUUGCAAGUUUGGUAUUGGUUUGUGAAACUGUGAUAAACCAUAUUUUCAGUCAUAAAGCGUGUCGUUCAUUGUUAACACGACGCUAAAAAGAAAUGUCAUCGUACCCAGUUAAAGGUUAUUCGGAAGGAGCAGUAAAUCAGAAACCAACCGGCCCGUCAUUUGACAAAAGCAAAGAAUGGCAGAUGGAAUUAUUGAUGGAGAAACUUCGCACCAAAUCAAGCCAGUUCAAAUCCUUCGUCGAAUGUGCGAAGGCGGUGCGUAUGGCACUAUUGGAAAAAAGAUAUGCAAUAGACAGUGUGGAACGGAGCCAACUGCAGAAGUGCUUGGAUACGCUGCAACACUCCAUUAAGGUGACUUCGCUUCAAGGCAUGGUGGAACGUCUAGAGAGUGUCUCACGACAGUUGGGGCUGAAGUUUGUAGCGGGGCCAACUGGUUUUGACUGGUUCAUUUCCUCAGACAUGUUCUACUUGGAAGUUGUGCUGGAACCCACAGGAAGUGUAAAAGAUGUAAAAAUUCACCAUGAGGGCAAAGUUGAACAGCAGAGUUGUGAAGAACUAGUUUUAUGCCUAUCCCGCGGUGAUUUUGCCGACUUCACAGCACAGCUAGAAGGACUAGCAUCGAUUUACCAAUUAAAUGCAGAGAAAAAAGUUAAAUGUAAGGCAUUCAGUGCCCUUCAGGGUCUUGAAGCAGAUCUUGGAGCAUUGGCACAAUUACAGAACUUUAUCAAGGAACCAUUCAACUUAGUGCAUAAAUCUCCAGUUGGUAUAUUGCAGAAAAGGAGAGGAGGCCACGCAAUGCGCCUUACCUACUUAGUUCCUCCUUAUGAGCUCUUGGAUCCAGAAAAGCACACUAUGCAUCCACUGACAGCAGAGGAGGUCAUAAACAAAGGAUUGGGUUUUAGUGUGACUGUUUGUGUGGAGGGCUCAGCAACACACAAAUUACAGACUGCACCUCUUAUCUCUAUCAAUAGGAGCCCCGGAGGCAAGAGUACACCACAGUAUGCGCCAUUGACAGCUGCCAACAGUGCUCUUCUGCCAGCAGUGUUCUCCUUGAGGCUUGCUAAACCUAUGCCUGUGUGUGUUUCAUUGGUGCGAAGAAUUCAGCAAAUUACUGAGGUUGAGUUUGGUGAUAUUACUUGUCCUCAACCUCUGCUUGAUCUCAUAGUGCAGACAGCAUCUGAAGGACACAUUGACAGCAGUCGUGGUCUUAUCGUGCACUUACCAGAUCAGCAGCAUUGCUAUUAUAUGACUGAGACUCGAGGUACAGAAGGUAUUAUUGUGUCAAGCAUACCAUUUACACAUCCAGGGCAUGUCCCACAGAUUCUUGGUUUUCUGCGUCAGCAGGCGCUUUUCAAUGUCUUAGUUUCCAGUUGUGUACGUCGACCAGUAAAGCAAGAUGCGGAAAAAGAUGAUACGUCAAAGGCACUUACUGGAUCACAAGAGCUGCCUACUGUAUUUGAAGUGACAGCACUAUCUGCUCAGAGCCUCUCUGUAUCUUUUGAGCACCCAUUAGAGGAGAAUAUGGCAACUGCUGAACUUGAGUUGACAGACAUUGGUAAUUUGCGGUGUCGUGUCUAUGGAACAGGCUGUGAUGCUGGAACUGUGGCUGAAAUGGCUAGCAGAGUUCUCCAGAGGAGCCUGUCCAUCCCAGUGACAAUGCGUUCAUUGCUCCGAUCUUGGCACCAGCAAGCAAUGAGAGGAUGUGGAGGACCCAAUGAGUGUGGAACACCAGCGGGAAAUCAAGGAGGCCCUGGUUCAGGAGGUGGUCGUGGGCCUCCUGGCUUUGAUGGUGGUCCACCAAUCAUAAAGACAGAACCAGACGGUGGACAGUCAGGUUGUGGUGGUGGCAUACCAGGACCUGGAGGUGCAGAUGGAGGGUGGCCUGCUGGUGUUGGUGGUCCGGGCAGGAGGCGUGCCUUACCUCCUCAUAAAACAUCUCCCUGGCACAGAGGUCUAUCUGAUGCUGAUAUUGGUUCCACCGGUGCAGAUAGUUCUGCUAGUGACUCAGAUUCAUCUACAUCGGAUACACAAGACCAUGGUGCAUCGGACCGCCAGGGAUCAGAUUUUACAGAUGCAGAAAUGUUUGAUGUGCCAGAGGUUGAAGCCGUGAAACCUCGGAAAAGCAAGAAAGAUAGAAAGGCAUCACCACAGCCUGUAAUUCUAGAAGCAUCAGAAAGCAAAUCCCUGGUACCACCUUCCGUGAGUAUCACAGCUGUCCCUUCAUCAGUGCCCUCUUCUGUGUCCGUAACUGGGGCAGGUGGGCCAAGCCUCAACUCCGUGCUUACAGGCAUGGGCCUGGAACGGCGUCCUGGUAUUGAGAUAAUUCCUAUUGUUCCGGCACCUGCACCAGUUCCUACUUCUUCACUGCAGAGUUCGAUCACAAUAACGCCAAUACCUGGUAACUCAAGUGGUACUUCGGGCAAGUCAUCAGGAAGUGGUGGAGAAGACCGCAGCCGUGAACGCAAGGCAGGAAAAUCUAAAGAUGACAAAGGCAGGGUAGAGAAGAAACGUAAACGGAAGCGUGAGGAAAGUCCGGGUAUGGGACCACCCGAUAAACUGCCUCUGAAGCAAACAGGUUCAGAAGGGACAUCGAAACACGGCAUGCCAGCUGCCGCUUCAAGUCCCAAAGGCGAAGUACGGGCUUCUUCGCCUCAACACAAGUCGUCUGUGUCACCUACGAGGGUCUCCAAAUCAGGUAGUGGAACUACAAAUGUCUCAGGGAGUGGACCUGUUGGGGGAGCCCCUAUAGGAGCAGUGACAGUAUCACCGUCAGGAGCACGACAUAGCCCAAAACGUUCACCUAGUCAUUACGGUACAGGUAGUCCCAAACAUCAUGGCUCACCAAAAAGUGGAACACCAGGAAGUGGUUCAGGAAAACCAAGCAUGUCUGCACUGAAGUCUGCAGCAGCCUCACCGGGGAAAUCUCCUGUGCACCAUAGUGUUACAUCUGUUGUCAGUAUUAGUGGCAGCUCAGAGCGACCACUCAAGUCCUCUAGCAAAGACAAGGAUCGUGAACGUGAUCGCCAAGCCAAGGCGACAUUUUCUGUAUCAUCUGGAUCAGGAUCUGGAUCAAGUCCAAAACUGAAGUCAUCAAGUGUGAAAUUGAAACAACUGGAUUUGUCAUCAAGCAAUCUUACUCUCGAGAGAGUGAAUACGAGUUGUGCUUCUAGUGGUGGAACAACACCUCCUAGUGGCACAAGUGGCAGUGGAAGCAGCAGUGGAGGCAAAGGAGCACCUGGCACUAAUCCCACAGGCAAGCGAAAGGGCUCACUGUCAGCUGUCAUUGAUAAGCUAACGGCACAGCAUUGUGAACAAGGUGACAGUAUAGUAAAAGAUGGUUCCAGGUCAGGUGGUGUUCCUGGUACAGUUGGAGCAGGAGGAAAUAGUGGAAACACCACUGGACCUAAGCAGCCUGAGCCAAGACAGUUGAGGAAACGAGAAAUUCCUAUAAACGUGGUCAGAAAUUCAGUAACCGUAAGCCAUGAAAUUGAACAGUUUAUGAGACAAUUACGAUUUAUCACUGUUAGUAAGAGCUCUCUGACCACAUGCUAGUGGUGUUUUGAAAUUGUCAUACGGACAAUGGCAGUAUAUGUAGUAAAAGAAAAGAAAAUAAUGCACUUUAUGAACAGAACCUUUGGUAGGAUAAUAAUAUAGGAUAGUAAUAUUAAUUGAGGUAACAAAAUGAAAAUUUGCAAUGUGAUGAUCCAGUACUCAAUUCACCUGACCUUUUUUUGUUUUGUUUUUCUUUUUCCCUCCUCCUCCUCCUCCUCUUCUUCUUCUUCUUCUUCCUUUAAAAAUAUUGUGUGUUGGUAGUCAUAUGUGUGUCUUGCCAUGUAGCGCUCUCUCUCUCUCUCUCUCUCUCUCUCUCUCUCUCUCUCUCACACACACACACACACACACACACACACACACGCACGCACGCACGCUUUUUUUCCAAAUAAUAUUAAAACACUAAGCCAGUCACUGCAUGCUUCUACAAGUGGUUUUUAUAAAAUUUUAAUCAUCACCUCAAAAUUUACAUAAUUAGUUUUUUUGUUUGUUUGCAUUACAUGUCUGUAGCCCUGGUACACAUUGAAAUCCCUGCACCACAAUAUCGUUGAAAGCUACUGGAGGAGCCAAAACAAAAUGGCGCAGCCUUUUGAUAAAAUGGAGUAUUGUGCAGUACCUCAUUUCUGCUGAAAAUGAAUUUACAUGAUACUCCACUUUAUCAAUGCACUGUGACUCCUUUCUUCCCCCUCCAGUGUCCUUCUGCAGUAUUGCAAUGCAGAGUGCAAUGUGAGUAUCAAGACAGCAGAUAUGUACGUGCAAAUUAACAAAUCAUUAUGUAACUUUAUUUUUUCAGAGUGACAUUUAAAACUAUCCCUUGUGUGAGCUUACGUCAUUUUAAGAAAAGCUUUGAGUGAGUAAGGGAAGUUAUUGAAAUUGACAGUUUGUGAAAUAGAAAACACUGUUGUGAUUAGUGUCAUCAAUAAUAUGACUGAAAUGAGUGAAUGGCACCUUUUCGCUUAGGAGUCCAGAUACGUUAUUCGGACAAUAUGAAAAACAAAUACAAAUUAUAAUAAAACUCCCAAUUUAGGCUGCGUCAUUCACCCUGUCGUGUUAUUUUUCUUAAUUGCUUAGCCUCACCUUUGCAGUAAUUGACAUUGUCCAUGACUUCCUGUAGUAUUCCUUUUUCUUUCUUCGUUUUUCCUUAGGAGGAACCCCUCUUUCAGAGAGGCUGAGAUUCUCAAUAUUUUCUUUUCUCCCCCUCCCCCCCUUCAGUAAGUCCACAACAUUCCACGUAUGUGGCAUGUACAGCAAUUGUAUCUGUUGCCGUAUGUAGUACAUUGCGUGCUAAAUUCUUGAGUGUCACUUGUAUGCAAGCUCUUGUUAAGACUUGUAGAGUUGAUCCUCUUUAUGUAGUAUGUAUUUCAGUGCUGUGUUCAACAUCAUAUAUAUUAGUAUGUAUUUGUUCCACAUGUAUACGUGGUGUUAUUAUGAAGUUUCUGAAGUGUAUUUUGUACCUGAAGAUAUAUUUCCAGGUUUCCAACCACAGUGGCAAUUCCAUUUCCAGCACGGUAUUUUGACAAGUAGCCUGGUUGUCUUUAUCAGGUGCUGUGAGUGAUUAAUCAUCAUAAUGUGCUCACUGCCUGGACUCUAGCCAAACUGACAAAGACUAUGGCUCAUAGUGCCUGAGGAAGAGAAUUAAGUAUGUUCUGUAGAAAAAUUGUCUAGUCAACCUGGCUGGUCACCCAGAAAUAUAUCUUCAUCAGUCAUUCUGGGUAAAUGUUAGAAAUUAUAUUUUAAGCAUUUUAUUUUUGAUGAGCUGUAUAUAACUUGCUUAUCAGAAUUUUCUGUAAUGUGCCAAAACUAUUUACUGUCAAAAAUGAAAGGACAGAUACCUACAAGAACAAAGAAUGUCAAGUGAGUUGACAGAUAAUUUUCUUUCCAUGUGUGAUGCUUGUGUUAUAGAUCUCAUAUAUUUCAUAGUGUCUUCCCAAAUUACCAGAAUGUCAUCACUGAACUACAAACUUUUAUUUUCUAUUGUGGGAAUGCAAGAAGCAUGUUGAUUGUUUCACACUAUAAUGUUAAAUCAGUUUUAAGGACUCUAAAGAAAAGUUGUUAGUAAGUAAUUGUUGUCUGGAGGACAAGUUGGCAACCAAAUUUUAAUUUGUUUUACAUACAUAACAGAAUCAGCGACUCAUAUUACUUACAAAGAAUACAUAAGUAAUGAAGAUAUGUAGUUUGUCGACACCACUGUGUAACUGGUGUAACUCCUGACACCCUCUAAGAUCAACAGUCCUUUCAUGUGGAAAGUUCAUGGAGUGUGUAGCUGGUAAAGUCAGAGAACUUACAUGAUAUUCUAAGAAGGUGGUGCGCAGCAAUCAGCAGUUGGGAUGCUGUUCAUGGGAAUAUUUAUGCAACUGCAUGUCUCUCUGCAUAAGAUGAGUUGCAGCAUUGGGUGCAUUGUAUUCUAAGGAGAAGUGUUGGGGGCACCAGUCUUGCUUUUCAAGACAACUGCUGCAACAAGUGAGUACAAACUUCUGAAGAGUAGUGGAUGGCAUUAGGACAUGGGACCAAAAUGUACUAUCCUUGCUUAUAUGUGUGCCAUGCCUCAUAUAUUAUUUUUGUUAUGAGUGAAAGGAAUUUCCCAUGCUGAAACAUCUCCUAGCUGAAUUAUCUUAGAAAUUUUAUGAUUUCAGCUUUUGUAAAUGUGAGAAACCUUCAAUAAUGUUUUAUCUCGGAUUAUACAACGAGUCUAAUUGAAAAAUUGCCUCAGUUCAGAAACAACUUCAGCUGAAUGAUGUAUGCUCUCAAAUGAACUUUGAAGUAGUUGAGGAAAGAAUGUGUAUGACGGAUAUCUACAAAUUGUAGUAAAAAGCUCAAUUAUUGAGCACAAAAAAUUGUACUGUAGCAAAGUAUAUCACAUUGUUUUUCAGCACUUUCCAAAGUACGAGCUCUUCUGCUUUGUAUGUCUUUAGGUUAAAAAUGAAUGUGAAGUAUUAAUUUCUUAAAUUGUUUUGUAUGCUUUUGAAUCUUUGAUAUAGUAACUUGAGAGCUUCACUUCAAGAUAGAAUGUGCUUCCAAGAGUUCUUUUUCAUUUAGAAUCUUCGGAGAAUCCAAAAAUCUGAAAUGAAAUUUGAAAUCAUUGACUUAAUUUUUCCCUCUUGGUUGCAUAUUAUGAUAUAUUUAAUGUUUUUUUAAAAAAAUAGAAAUUUGGUGUUUUACUUUUGUUCAGGAACUCUAGCCUUAGCUCGCCCGUACCUUCACUGAUCAUGGUUGUGGUGUGUUUAUAGAAAUAUAUUGUAAUAUAGAUUUGUGUUUCGGAAAAUGAUGAGAUAUUUUGAAUGUUUGAAGAUAAACAUUAUGGUGCUAGAGGUUGCUGUUUGCAGUUUAUAUUCUCUAAAUUUUUAAAAAAAUUUGUACUUGUAAAAAAUAACUGUAUUAUUAUGUAAAGUGUGUUUAUAUGUAUAUUGUCAAAAUAUUUUACCUUUAUUUUAAAAGGUAUAUUGUAAAUAUUAGUAAUACAUGAAAAUGAUAAUUUUGCAUA